GAUACAGACCAAGUUUGCCAGACCAGACCAGUCCCGGCGAAGCAGCCAGCUGUCAGACUCAGGCUUAUUUAACGCGCGGGCCAAGCUGAAAACUCUUUUAGUAUAGCGUUGGCGUGCGAGACAGACGGUUCGGUUGAGCACAAGAUACACAAAGUACUUGACAAGUCUGAAACAAAAAACGAGUUCGAGUUCCGAGCAAAAAAAUAUAUAUAUAUACUUAAUACAUACAACAUAAGCACAUUUAGCGCAAGCGUUGAACUAAUGUGAAACCAAAACAAAAAUCAAAAGAAACACUUUAAACACAAAAGCAAGCGAGAAAAUACACACAGAGAGCGAGCGACUUUGGGCCCAAGCACAGAGCCACAACUGGAGCCAGUGCAGCAGCCCUUCAAUAAUAACUUCAACUUCAACUUCAGCUUCAACUAAACAAGACGAAGAGCAGCUGGAGCGCGUCGAGCGUGCAAAUUAAAAGCGCACAGUAGCACGAAAGGAAUACAGCACAGCCGCAACAACCACAGCAACAAUCAGAACAACAACAAUAUGGAAGUGGCAACAACAAACAAUCACAGUCAGAGCCCUCAUCAUCAUCAUCAUCGUCAUCAUCGCAGCAGCGGUGGUGGUAGUGGUGGUGGUGCUUCUGCUGCUGUUGCCGUUGGCAGUGGUUCCCGUUCACCGUUUCAACGUGAGGUGCGUGAAUGGCAACGCAUCGAUCCGGACACUGGAGCGUUGUUCAGCGGACGCUUGGAGGCAGAUCGCUGGAUAAAUGGACCAAUGAACAGCUAUGGCAAGAUAUCCGAUUCCCAAAAUAUCUCACAGCCGAAUGGCACACAGCACACACAGCGCAAACAGUUGGAGGUGCUACGCACCGCCAAUGGCGCCAUGCAGGUGAUACGCACACAGACAGUACAAAAGACAUCAUCCACAUCCCGUUGGUCCACCUCCUCAUCCAGCACCACCACCCGCAGCAGUGCAACGCCCAUGGCGCUAUGGGCGCCCAAGCCCAGUCAAGGCGUUGACAUUUGUGAGCUUAGCGACGAUGAUAAUGAUGAUGAAGAUGAUGAUGACGAUAGCAUUCAUAAUGACAGCGACGCUGGCGUCGCCGUCGUCAUCGACAAUGAAUCUCCAACUGCAUCCAUGGCAAGUUACAGCCAUGGCCAGGAGCUGGUUGAUGAUCAUGUUGAUUUUGUUGUGAUUAAUGGCCACUCGGACGCUGACGAUCGCCAGUUUAGCCAAGACGCUGACGACGUUGCUCAUUUGCACAAAAUCGUCCACAAUUUGUUACCCGAUACCGCGCCAAGUUUGAAAUUGAGCAAUCUAAUGAAAAGCAGCUCGAGUAUUUCCAGUCAAAGCAGCAACAACUCAAAUUUAACAACUGCAACGGCAACAACAGCAGCGGUUGGCAACACCCACAGAAAUGCGGCUAAAAUAAGCCUACAUGCAAUUGUUGGCCAGACGACAACGGCAACAGCAGCAGCAACAACAACAACAACACCAUCAUCAUCAUCAUCAUCAUUAUCAACGUGGCCCAAGCGAUUGGGACUGACGGAGCAGUCUGACUUAUAUGGCCAGAACAACAACAACAACAGCAACAACAAAAGGCGCGUGGGCGUCUCAACUGAUGCUGCUGGCGAUGCUGACGUAGCUGUUGCGGCCACGCCAACGCUGCGUCGUGAUUUGGAAAGUUUCCGGCAUUAUAACAACAACACCAACACCACCACCACAACCACCGCCGCCACCGACGACAACGAUGAUGAUUUGCGGCUCAGUGCUCGCCAUCAGCGUCGCCAGCAGGUGUCCCAAUCCGUGUAUGCACCACCCUUGCCAACCACAUUGCAGGGCAGCCUGCAACGCUCACGUUCGAUAUCCACGGAUGAUCUCAGCAACGAUUGGCAGCUGCAGGAGGAGGAAGAAGAGCCGUGUGGCGAUUGGCGACGAGUCAGUAAACUGCGACGCUCCUUUCAAUCACAGGACUACCAUAAGGUGACGACUAGGCCUCGUCCACGGCCAUUGGAUUUGCCCAGCAGCUCGGUGAGUGUGGCCCGCAUUCGUGCCGAACUGGAGAACGGGCGUCGCCUCAAUACGGCCAUGCGCAACAAUCACGUCGAUCUGGCAGCCCUGGACAACAUACUGAACCCCAACAUACCAGCCACAGUCUCUGUCAAGCCGCAGGUGGCCAAGCGGAGCACGUUCCUCACAGCCGAAUCCCUGCAAGAAAUACGUGGCAAGCUUAAGAAACUGUCCGACGAGAGCCUCUACAAGGAGGACUUUCUGGUCCACCAAGCCACCACCAAGCCCGCUGUGGUUGAGGUCUUGCAGGCCCCUGAGCCAUCACCUGCAGCACCUGCACCACUCGCACCACCAUCCGCCUUUCGUGCAGUCCACAAUACGCACAGCCUGGAGACGCGUCAGCGACCCAAGGACACCAGUUCCAGUGAGUGGCACUUGCGCCGUAAGUCCUACGGCUUUGAGAAGAUGUCGCCACCCGAGAAUCGCAGCAUAUUUCGCGUGGAUGCAUCCACAGACAGUGGCUUAGGUCGCUCCGGCGAGCAAUUGGGCAAUUGGUCGCCCACAGAGCGAACAGCUGCGUCUGCAAAUGGACCUGGUUCCACCAUUAUACACUUUGGCCGACAGCAGCCGAGUUCACCGGACAGUCCCAACGAAGCCGAGCUCAGCAAACGACAUUCCAUUGCCGUGGAAGAAACUUGGCGCGAUAUACGCAAAACAUCGCAGGUGCAUGUAAAUGGUGAGCCCGUGAAUGGGAACCACAGCUCCAGUCAAUUGCAUCGCAGCAGUGCACAGAAGCGUGUGGAAUUCUGCAAAACGGAGGUUCACUUUGCCGCCGAGUCCGGGCGUGUUAAUAUUGUGGAAACUGAUGGAAAACCGCCACCUACACAGAACUUUCGACGACGUCGCCGCACCGCCAGUGGUCCACUGCAGAGUCUGGUGAAGUCGGCAAGUGUGAGCAGCAGCAGCUCCAGCACGAGCACCAGUUCCACCAGUAAUGUCACUCAUUUUGGGGAUGAUCCAACUGUACGCAGCAAAACCAUUGCAUCCAGCACGGUGGCGUAUCGGGCCACGUUAAUGGAGCCACCGGAACUAAUUACACAGCCUGUGGCGGGCACACAAGUUACGAUUAUUACCACGACACCAAAACCAAUAUUGGAGCCUCGCUACAGUUUGCUGGAGUCGACUAACUCGGCGUCCAGGCAUAGUUAUACUUCCACCAGCGGAGUGGACACAACGGAUAAUGAAACCGACGAACUGGCCAAUAUACGCGGCAUAUUGAAGAAUAAACCCAUUAAGCCAAAACCUUAUCAUCUGGGCGAGAAUAUUGAGAGUGCCGAUGUGCUCUGGAGCGUGCCAGCUCCGAUCAAAAGUGAUCGGGAAAGCAGUCCUCUAAGUCGGGAGAGUGCCACUGGGGACUCACCAAUAACCACCAAAUCGGUGGCUGAACGUGUGCGCAUUGUGGAGCAGCGGCAAUUUGAUAAACAACAACUACAACAGCAACAACAGCCAUCGCCUGCUGGCAAUGGAUACUCCACGAAGAUCAAUGUGAGCCUCGGAGCCGAGGAGUGGCCAGAAACAGGUCCUUCAGGUCGUCGUCGCAGCAGUGCGCAGGAGCUGGUGCUGCAGGACUUGCGUGCCCAUCAGCGCAUUCUCGACGAAGGCCUCAAGUCCACGUCUCUGAUCAUGAAAACAAUGCGCUCGGCCAGCGAAUUCGAUGAGGCCAUGCGUCGCCUGAGCAUAGCUUCAAUCGAGUCCGCUCUGAUACAGCCCACAAUUGUGAUCCCAACGCCCAUGUUGCGUUCCCAUAGCUACCAGGAGGAGAGCUCCCGUCGUACAUCGACUACAUCGAUAACCAGCAGUGAUUUAUUCGGCAGUGCUUUAUGUGAUUCUCUGCCACGAUCUCCAUUGGCACCGCCACGUCUUAAGUUGUUGGGCAAUACCCAAGUUCCGGUGAGUCAACAGUUGACACAGCUGCGGCGACUCUACGAUGCCGCAGAACAGGAGGAGGACAGUGCCGAUGAGGAGGUUAAGCGCUAUUUUCGAGAGAACAACAACAACAACAGCGAUAGUGGCGGUGGCACUCAGUGCAGCUCCUCGCCGGAGGAUGUGGUGCUCAAGGGCAGCGAAUAUUCAAGGAGUUGGAGUCGCCUGAAGGCCAAGCGUACCAUCUGGAAGAUCGAGGCGCAUGAGCAAACGCUGAAGCGUGCAGAUCUGCCCAAGUCCAAUGUCAUGAAUAUUGCUUUACAUGCUCCAAGAUUGCAGAAGCCCAAACCGACGCCACCUACUCUACGCAUUGGUCAACUGGUGCCUGUGGCCAAACCUAGGACACUCCUUGUGCAACCACAGCCGGUAACGCAGCCACAACUCACUCAGGACAAUGGAGACGAGUCUGGCAACGAGUCCCUGAAGAUUGUCAAGGAGGCACGCGGUGCUCGCAAGUUGCGUGAGCACGAGCUCUCCUAUUUCGGAGUACAGCACUCUCCGACGCCUCAGCAAUCCCCCAAGUUGCUAUCAACGCCCAAUCCACGACGCACGCUGCCCACACGCAGCAAAUUAAGCCACAACGAAGAGGAAGCAACAGCAACAACAACAGCAACAACAACAACGACAACAAAGUGGCAGCUGUUAAACGAUCGACCCGAUUUGCUUAGGCACAGCCCACAGGGCAACGAUGAAAGUAACGAACACCCGGAGGAUGAUGAGCACUGCUAUGAGAACAUUGCCAACGAGUUGACCACCACAUUCCGUGUAAAAUCACCAUCGCCGGGUAGCUAUGAGCGCAAGACGGAUUUGCAACGCGAUGCACAGAUUCUUAGCGAGAUGACACGCAACGCUGAUCAAACAUUGAAGGCACUCUCCGAUGAAGCUGCCUUCAAGGAUCAGCGACGUCGUUCCUGCUCGCUGCAACGACGCAACGCCAAACCGUUGGCCACCAUCAACGAGAAGGCCUACAAUGGCGAUGUCAAAGCAUUGAGCGUGGCACGUGGCACUUUUGCCUCGGAGGCACGUCGAAACUCACGACAAUCGACGCCUUCACCGACCCGAGCACGCAGCUCAUCGCAGUCAUCCAUUGAGUGCUGUCCCCGAGAUCGUUCUCGUUCGAGUUCGCGUGAAUCAAUGACCCAGGGAGGCGGCUCCUCCGAUGAUCAAAUGACAAAGCAACGAGUUGAACGAAUGCGCAUGCGCACACCGAAGCGAGAGAAGACUCGUCACGAUGUAACCGAGCAGCGUUCGUCGAGGCAGAGCAGCAAACCACGCAGCAGCACGAACGCUGCACCAGAGAGCAAACGCUCUCAUCACCACAGCCGGCACAGAGAGAAGGAGCACAGCAGCGAACACUCGGGCAAACAUAACUCUGGCUCAGUUGCUGUCUCCUCAUCUGGAGGCAUUCGACUGUUGCGCUCAUCGCGUGUCAGCGAAGAGAGUCGACCACGCACGAGCUCUCACCGCACGACCGAGCGUGAACGCUCUCGCGGCAGUGAGAAGCACCGAGAAGAACUCACACGCUCGCGUGGUCACUCCAGUCGCUCGAGACACAGUGAACAGACAACAACAACAACAACAACAACAACACCAACAGCAGCGGUUCACAAGUCGAGUAAAAGCAGUCGCAGCAGCAAUCAUGACACAGCAACAUCGGCACACAGAAAGUCCACAACAGGGGCUAAAACAGCAAUGACAACAAAAGGCACAACAACGCACAAAGCAACAUCAGCAACACCAACAACAACAGCGCACAACGAACUGACGUACGUAUACGUAACGAAUUUAGCCAAUACACAAACCGCCGAGGAUGCAGACUAUGCGAGCAUUGAUGAGGCGGCCAUAACGUGUACGUCAACGCCUCCGCUGCCUCCGCCUCGACGCAAACGUAAACAGAGUCUCAUUCCCGUGCCGAUACAAAGGGAACGUGCCACAUCCACGCCCACUGCCGCCUACGAGCAUCGCAUAAAGCUGGAAAUGAUUCCCGUGGCACCGAGCUACUCGAAUCAGUCGACACUGCGCUGCAAGGCAAUGUCUCAGCCGAGGAAACCUUCGCUUAAGUGCACGCAGUCGACCAGCUCAAGUUUCGCCUUUCUGCCGUAUUUGCCAGCCAAACGCAAUUCGAGCGUUAGCCACGUUUAUGACAAUUAUUUGUUGUAUGCAACGCCGGCCACAUUGACGGCCUCCAAGCUGCGUCCAUAUCAGCACAAUUUGAGCAACGAACAUGCCCAGCUCUUUGGCAGCAGUGGACGUGGUGGUGGUGUCACAGCUUCCGGUAUGGGAAAUGGGGCAGCUGGCGCCUUGACAAGUCGCUUGGGCAGUUGGCCAAAACGUUUGCGCAUGCGUCAGGUGCGCAGCAGCGUCUCGACGCAUCAGCCCUUUGGCAUCUGCACAUGUUCAUAGUCAGCGAUGGACAGCAAACCAAAUAGCAAAGUCGCACAUGGAUAAGCGCAACUGGAUCUCGUCACAGUCACAGUCAAAGUUUUCUCUCACGUUCAAAUACUCACUCCUAUGCACUCCAACCAAUUUUCCUACUUUUACUAUUUAUAUUUUGGGUAUUUUUCUUAAUUUGACUACCUCAAUGCACGCGAAAUGUCAAACGAAGCACGCAAUCAACACGAAAUAUUAAAACAAAACAAAAACCAAUUAAAUUCUCGAAAACAACUAGAAGAAUUGCAGCCGGCAAUCGGCCGUUUUCUAACCCGAGUUCCCUCCCAACUACUAAUACAAUUAAAAACUGAUUGAGAUUGAGAGCGGGCAAGACAAAGAAAGGGAGAGAGGGAGAGAGAGAAGAGAGUUUGUUUUUCACUUGGAGCACACACUCAAAUGGGAAUGCACACAAAAAA